AUGGUCCCUGUCGCACUUUACUUCGUCCUUCUAGGUCUUAGUGCCUCUUUGGUAAACGCCAUUCCUCCCAACGCCAACAACUACCUCAUUCCGCAUCCUCCGGCGACGGUCACUGUCACUGCUUGUGGUUCUCAGUGUGCCAGUACCGUGACUAUCACAGAGACCCUAACUGUGACACCUCCGUACAUUCACACCUGCGAGCCUUCUAGUACGGGCAUCCCAGGAAGCUUGAGCUCUAAGUCCUCGUCGUCCAGCAUUCUCCCUACUGCGUCUACGUCCCUCGGCCACACCAACUCGUCCACCUCCGUUAGCUCUAGCAGUUCUUCUGAAGCCACCGGAGCAGUGUCAUCAUGGACUCCAACUACGGGAGUCACUUUCUCCUCCCAGCUGCCUAGUGCUGGCACCCCGAGCUCCUCUCCAACCUGGGCCACCAAUACUUCGUCAACCCUCAGCCUUCCCAGCUCCUACAGUCAUGGUACUGGCACUGCCGGCACGAGUGUUACCACUGGCUUCCCCUCGAGCCUCUGGACGAACUCUACCCGCACUCAUAUCACUCGCACCGUUACCAAGACCAUCCGCACCACUGACACAGACUCGUCCACUUCUUCAAAAGUUACGACCCAAAGCAUCCCAAGCAUCCCCACGAUCAGCAUUCCCCCUCUGCCGUCUCUUUCCACACAAUCCAAGUCGAGUAUCGCCCCCCCUAUUUCCUAUUCGUUGACCACCCUCACCACCACAUCAGUCUUCAACACCACUGUCUCGUCUCAGCAUCCCGGAGCAUCCACACCCCCUCUCUCCACUUCUCAUACCACGAAGAGGACUACAGUUGUCGUCACCCUCACGAAGACCGUACCUAUCAGCACCGGGACUGCCUCCUCGUCGACUAGUCGCGGUACAGGAGUCUCCAGUGGCUUUCCAUCUGUUUCAUCACCAACCUCCAUUCAGCUUUCCACUACGCUCGGCUACCCUACCACCACCGCCCCCAGCUUGUCCAACACUACUCCUACCUCUCUCGGGAGCAGCGCUGUCUCUACUACAUCCAAGGAACCUUGCACAACUCACGAGGAAUCCACUUCCACGUCUGUGUCGUCGUAUCUUUCCCUUCCCUCCACUUCUGCACCGGGAUUCACAAUCUCCAGCGCUCUGGCCACUCUCGUCACACCCACAGGUACAGCAACUCUGAGCAGCGUUUCUGGCGGAUACGACUACCCUCCCUCCACUCAGGAGUCCACCGCAUCGCCGGAAACUACUGUAGGCAGCGCCAAGCCUACACUCGUCUCUAGCAGCACUUCGGAUAUCCCUGGAGGCUACGACACCUAUUACCCAGCUUCAAGCUCAACCUUGGGUACCACCAUCUCGAGUGCUCUUCCAACUCUGACUAGCUCAACUGCCAGCAGCAUCCCUGGUGGUUACGACUAUCCUCCCUCUUCAUCUUCCCAGUCGUCCCAGGAGUCGAGUUCGACCAAGUAUCUCGGCACCACCGUGGCCAGUGCUCGACCGUCCCUGGUGAGCUCCUCCAUUUCAGAGGUAUCGCCCACCCCGACGACCUUUGAGACUCGCAAGUCUGAUGAAUACACUUCGGCGUCGACCAUCUACGGUGGAUAUGAAUUCGGCCGUCGUCGGGCUCCGAGAAUGUAG